UCAACUGAUAAGCAUUCGACUUUGGCAAGGGAAAGAGGGCGUGAAAGAAACGUCUUAUCUCCUUCUACGGCGACGCCGUUACUCAUACAAACUACACGCAAAGGAAAGGAAAAUGGGUGAUUCCAAGGUUGAAACGAUCUCCAGAUUAGCUCAAUGGAAGAUCGACAACUUCGGCCCUUGUUCUUACAAAAAAUCCGACCCUUUCAAGGUCGGUCUUUGGAAUUGGCACUUGUCUAUAGAGAAGAAUCGAUAUUUGUAUAUUCGUUUGUUUCCUGAGGCGUCUCGGGUGUCCAAGGAGCAGCCUCCUUACGCUAAAUUCAUACUUCGGAUCUCUAAUGUUGGUGUUAAUCGUAGACUCUAUAUCUCCCCAGUUCAUGAUAGACAGCUGCGAACAUCUGACGAUUUUUUUUGGCCUGUUGAUUCUACAUUCAAUGGGCGCUUCGUCAUUGAUGUUGAGUUCCUGGACCUAAGGAUCUGCCCUAUAAAUGGUGGUGAAUCCAUUUCCAUAUGGCCCGUUGAUGGAACAUUGCAAUCUCUGUCAACUCAAAGCACCCUGCGCUGCCUUGCUCGCAUGCUUGAUGAAGAUCUUCAUUCAGAUGUUACAAUCCAGACUUCCGAUGGUACUCUAAGAGCACACAAGGCAAUUUUAUCUGCAAGUUCACCUGUUUUCGAGAUCAUAUUCCAUCACAACCUUAAGGAAAAGGCGUCAUCCACAAUCCAUAUAGAGGACAUGUCAUUGGAAUCCUGCUCGGCCCUUCUCAGUUACUUGUAUGGAACGAUAAAGCAAGAAGACUUUUGGAAGCAUCGGCUGGCAUUACUGGGGGCAGCAAAUAAGUAUGAAAUUGUAGAUUUAAAAGAUGCUUGCGAGGAGAGCCUGUUAGAAGACAUCAACUCACAGAAUGUCCUCAAGAGGCUGCAGGAGGCUUGGCUUUGCCAAUUAACCAAGCUGAAGAAAGGGUGCAUGACGUACUUGUUUGAUUUUGCCAAGAUUUAUGAUGUUAGAGAAGAAAUCAAUUACUUUUUCAGGCAGGCAGACCGAGAACUGAUGCUGGAUAUGUUUCAAGAAGUGUUGACGGUUUGGAAACCGGUAUGACUUUCCUUUUGGAGUCUUUAUUUUACCUUUCGGUUGCUGGUGAUCGGACAAAUAUGUGGGAGUCCUGAUGGUAUAGUUUGUUGUAUAUUAAUAAAAUCCGAUGUUUUGUUUUCAAAUAUCCAUAUAUAUGCCUGCAUGGUUAAGGUAUUUUCAUGCCCGGAACUGGUAGCUUGAUGUGUGUGUAGGUCCGUAUAGUAAUUGAUACAAAAACUUCAUUUGUAUUUAAGUAAUGUAAGCUUGGGUUGUUUCAGUGUCA